AUGAGUCUAUAUGAAGCUCCAGCAACAACUACCGGACAUCUAGCUUUGCCGACAGACAAAACACAUAGUCGAUCCGGGUCGUCGUAUUCUGGUAAUUAUUCGUUUAUUAAUAUGUACGAUUGUCCGUCGCCAGGAAGUCUGCAUGCAGUGGACCCUACUGUUGAGUCAGAGUUGGAAGAGUUGCACUUGACGGAAGAGCUCAAUUCAGCCAAGAGGUUAGGAGAAGUCGCUGAAGUUGACGAGGGUGAUGAAGGUGACGGCCAGGGCCAAGGACAGGGACAAGGGCAAGAGGCUGAUGAAGAUAGCUCGGUGAAAGAGUCUGACACAUCCGAUUCCAAGGAUGGCACCAUAGUAGGGUCUGACACUUCUGGUACGAAUGCCGGCUCUCAGGUUUCUGCAACCAUGGUAGGAUCCUCGUCAGUCUUAUCUCUUGCAAGAAAUAGUAACAUAUCCGUCUCCACUCGAACGUCUUCAAUCCCAUUUGAUCCGACCUCAUCUAUUUUGGACAUAUCAGACCAAGCAGUGCACGAUCAAGUCUUGAAGUCAAAUUUUGAUAGGUAUGGGUUCAAGAAACCUUCGUCUGAAGGUUCAAAUGGUGUAUCAGGAGAAAGGUACAAUACCUGGUUCAAGGACUAUUCUCGUUACCUUGAGCGUAACAAGAAGAAAUGGCAAGCAUUAAUGAAAAAUAACGGGCUAGGUGAAGCAGAAUCCCGUACCAAACCGCCUAACCGGUUUCCACCAAAGUCUGAUAAAGUGAAAAAGUUAAUUCGUAAGGGUAUACCAGCGGAAUGGAGAGGUAAUGCAUGGUUUUUCUACGCCGGGGGCCAUGAAAAAUUGAACAAACACACGGGGGUCUAUGAGCAGAUUGUAAGAGAUACCGAGGGCGUACACAAUAAAGAUACUGAAGUUAUCGAAAGAGACCUCAAUAGAACGUUUCCGGAUAACAUAUAUUUUAAUAAGCUGCUCGAAACAAAACAUUUAAAAGACUCUCAGUUGAAUCUGAGUGCAGGCAAGGAGGAAACACAGUCUAUCAAGUCCUUGCGUAGAGUGCUAGUUGCAUUUGCUCACUAUCAACCUCACAUUGGAUAUUGCCAAUCGUUAAAUUUCCUCGCAGGUUUGUUGCUCCUCUUCAUGAGAGAAGAGAGAUGUUUUUGGAUGUUGGUGAUCCUUACAGAAAGGAUCAUCCCCAAGGUCCAUUCUGCAAACCUCGAAGGUGUUCAUAUUGAUCAAGGAGUGUUGAUGCUUUGUAUCAAAGAAUAUAUUCCACAACUUUGGGGUAUAUUGGGUAAAAACUUUGAGGGGGAAACGUUAUCUGAAGAUAAGAUAUUAACAAGAUUGCCUCCAGUUACCCUAGUGACGUCUUCUUGGUUUAUGAGUGUUUUCGUUGGCAAUUUACCUAUUGAAACUACAUUGAGAGUGUGGGACAUAUUGUGGUAUGAAGGAUCGAAAUCUAUAUUCAGAAUAUCGUUGACGAUAUGCAAGAUGUGCCUAGAAGACACAGCAUUCAAUUCCAGAGGAAAUGUAGGGAGUGGAGCAGAAAUCGACCAAAUCGAAUUGUUCCAAUUCAUGCAGAAUUAUCCCAAAACCAUCAUAGAUCCUAACAUUUUAAUUGAUAAUUGUUUCAAGAAAAUCGGUGGGUAUGGGUUUGGCUCAUUAUCGCAAGAUGAGAUAAAUAAAUGCAGAGAAUUUGUCGGGAAGCAAAGAGCAAGGUUGACUAGUAAAAAACAAUCAGUAAUGAAAGCAGAGAUGAGCGAUGAAGAAAGAAGAGCAUUGCAGAGCAGUGGGUUUGAUGGGGAGAUACACGAUGUGUACGGGUUCCAUAGAUCAAUAAUGAGUGGGGUUGCGUGGAAUAAGAAUAUCAGCAACAGGAUGAAAAAGAAGUGGAAGAAAUAA